GAAGACCCCGGCGCCAGCCUUGGCGCAAGAGGCGGUGGACGCGGCAGUAGCGGCAGCGACGGGCGUUGUGAGAGAGACCGCUACUUGUCUGUCGGUCGUACUGUGGCGGUGCUCCGGUGCUGACUGAUUGUAGGGCAGCCGGCGCCAUGUCUGUGAGCGAGAUCUUCGUGGAGCUGCAGGGCUUUUUGGCUGCCGAGCAGGACAUCCGAGAGGAAAUACGAAAAGUUGUGCAGAGUUUAGAACAAACUGCUCGAGAGAUUUUGACCUUACUCCAAGGGGUCCAUCAGGGCACUGGGUUUCAGGACAUUCCAAAGAGGUGCUUGAAAGCUCGAGAACAUUUUGGCACGGUAAAAACACAUCUAACAUCCCUGAAGACCAAGUUCCCUGCUGAACAGUAUUACAGGUUUCAUGAGCACUGGAGGUUUGUGCUUCAGCGCCUGGUCUUCCUGGCGGCCUUUGUAGUGUAUUUGGAAACAGAGACUCUGGUGACCCGAGAGGCUGUUACAGAGAUUCUUGGCAUUGAACCGGAUCGGGAAAAAGGGUUUCAUCUGGAUGUGGAAGAUUAUCUCUCAGGAGUUUUGAUUCUUGCCAGUGAACUGUCCAGGCUGUCUGUCAACAGUGUCACUGCUGGAGAUUACUCCCGGCCCCUUCACAUCUCUACUUUCAUCAAUGAGUUGGAUUCAGGUUUUCGCCUUCUCAAUCUGAAAAACGACUCCCUGAGGAAGCGCUACGACGGCUUGAAGUAUGAUGUGAAGAAAGUAGAGGAGGUGGUCUAUGACCUUUCCAUCCGAGGCUUCAAUAAGGAGACAGCAGCGGCUUGUGGUGAAAAAUAGGAGCUUUCCCCUGCGGCUGGCCUUGCUGGCUUGGCAGUUGCCGGGGAGGGCUAGCAUAGUGCCUCUUCCCGUAGUUAGCACACCAGUUGCUAAACACUGCGCUUUAUUUUCUUAAUCAGCUGUGUGGUGUGAGUAUCAGAAUUGAAAUACUUUUUUGGAUCUAAAAAAGAAAAGAAAAAAGAAAAAACCUUUUUUUUUUUUUUUGUUGUUGAGGUUUCAGUGAACUUGCUGUGUUGUUGUUGUAUUACCAUUUUGUCAAGAGUGUAAAUGUUGGUCUCUUGGUCAAAGUCCUUUUCUUGCUUACCUGACUGUUGACGUAUUAAGGACAGGUUUGUUGUCUUGUUUGUGAUUGUCCUAGAAGUAAGCAAUGAUGUUUUCUAGGUCCAGAUUAGUCCCUCAUUCCCAGUUGUAGCCUGGAUACAGUGUGAGAAUAGAAUGGCUGGCAAGAAAAGGAACUUUCUUUUAAGCUUUGUAAAUUAGUUGAUUUUUUUUUUUUUUUUUGGCCUGGGAAAUUUGAGGCCCCAACUCUUUCCCUGCUACUAAAAUACAGGAGAUGAAACCAUACAGUCCAACUCAGGAAGGUCAAGGUGGAAAGAUCCUUUGUUAGGGGUGUGGUGAUGUCUUGUGUUGGGUUAGAGUACCUCUUUUCUCACUUACCUUACGUCCCAUCUGUCUGCUGUAGCAGUUAGUCUUUACACCUGUCUUGAGCUAACACCCGUGUGCUAUAUUUGCAAACUAUGAGACCUUUUCCCAGCAGCCAGCUAGAACUGAUAUGGGAGUAGAAAGCCAUCCUCAUGCAUUCAUUCAUUACCUGUACGGAGGAGUGUGUUCUUAAGAGAAAUCAGUGCUGUGUGGUGUAGAAGAAAGUAAAAUUUGGCUUUAAAAAAUACAUGUGAUUGAUAGUAUAUUUUAGAAUAAGAAAUUUUAGGUUGUGAUCCUAUCAGUAUAUUUAAAAUGUAUAGUUUAGGGUAGUCAUGUAAACUUUGUGGGCUCCUCUAUCUCCUCUCGUUUGCAGAUAGCAUAAGCAUUCAUAUCUGGCUAGUCUUGGGGUAAAACUGAAAUUAUUAAAGUCAAGGCUGGUGGUGUAGCUUUUAGUGAUAGACUUGCAUGGCAGGUGUGAGGCACUAGUCCAUUCCUAGGAUUUCAAAAACCUGAAAAACCCAACAAAAAUAGUGCAUUUUUUAUUUUUGCACCCUCUGACAGGAAGCUGCUGACAUUACCAGUGUAACAGGAAAUAUUUAGGUGUGUCACCCUUUCUUGCUUGGUAGCAGUUUGGACUGCUUGUUUGUGCCGUGGGAUAUAUGACACUGGCUUUUAUCAGGCCAUGGUUAAAGACUGACUGGAAAGUGGGGCCUGAGAGUGCAGGCCUGUGCUCCCAGGCACACAGGAGGCUGAGGCACAAGGAUGGCAAAGUCAAGGCUUCAGGAUAGCCUGAAUUCCUGUGACAGGAAAACAACCCAAAAGGCUGGGAGGAAGAGUGGGGGGGAUGUUUCAGUGACUGUUUGCUUCAAAUGUUUAAGGCCUUGGGUUCAACCCCUCAUUGGGCAGUGUGGUGUCAUGAGGCUGACUCUAAUUUCCCAUCUUGAGGGAUGAGCUAUGAUUGCUGUAUAUUGUUGGACAUGUAGAUUAGCCUUCUUCAUGGUUCUUUUUGCAGGGUUAGAAUAAGGUAUUGAGUUAUUUUGUUAGUUUGCUUUUUGAGACAGGCAGGGUUUUGCUGAUAGUCCAGGCUGGCCUGGAACUCGCACCUCUGUUUCCUUUUCCUGAGUACAGGUUUAGGCUCUUGAAAGCGUCUGGGAAUGUAGAAGGCUUUUCAGCUGCAUGGUCAAUUAAGAGACAGGAUGUUCCACAGGUUCUUGCUUUGUUGCUUAAGUGUGGGUUCUGUUAGACAUCUAGACAUCAUAAAAGCUCUUGCCAAAAGUAUCAUUUUUUCCUCUUUAGAGACAGAGGGUGUGAUGUCCCACCUGCAGUGUUGUCUAGGCUGGUCUCAAGUACCUGGGCUCAAGCCCUCCUCUUGCCUCAGCCUGUGAAGCAGCUGGGACUCAAGGUCUGUGCUGUCACUGUGCAUGACCUUGAAAUUCAGUUUCAGAUGCAACAAACAUUGCACUUAAGGGUUAUGUUUCUGGUGUUGUGAUUCUACUUGAGAGUUUAGAAGUGUCAUGUUGCUAAUUAGUUGUGUUCGUUGUGGGCUUGUAAAGCAAUAAAAUUGGUUUUGGUCUCUUUGUAAAGUAGUGUGCUGCUGUUUGAAUUCUUCCAAAUGGAGAAUGAAUUGUUCAUGUUCCUUGGAGGCAGAAGAAGCCUGAGUUGUGUAAUGAUGACACCAACCAAGACACUAGCCACUCCCAGGGCUUUAAUGUAAGUACAGAUAAUGUUUGUGUGAUCACCUCCAUGAGGAAAUUAAAGGUGUUUGAAUUGAA